AUGCAAAUCUCGGAUUUAGUGCCCAAUUUAGCCAAUAACUCUAGUGUAAGCGAUAGUGCUAGUAAUGUUGUAGGUAGUGAUAAUAGUAGUAAUCUUGUAGGUGGUGAUAGUAAUAGUGGUAGUAGUGAUAACAAAAUCAAAAGUAAUAGUGAUAACAAAAUCAAUACUGGUCCAAAUGAUAAUCUUAAUGUACUUGAUGAACUAGGAGAGUUUUUAGAUGAUGCGGAAGAGAUAGAUAGUUUUGUGGAGACUGCUGAUAAGAAUGCAGUUCGUCAUUUCUGUAUUGCCCCACGGGCUUUUCCCUACUUGGGCUUAGCUAGUAGUACGAUGGAGAUACGAUGUACUUAUCCUUUUCAACUGGAUAGAUUUCAAGAACUGGCUUUACAGUGUUUAGAACGUGAUGAGAGUGUUCUAGUAAGUGCUCAUACUAGUGCAGGUAAGACUUUGAUUGCUGAGUAUGCCAUCCAUCUUUCUAUUCUGCGCAAGCAACGGGUGAUUUACACUUCGCCAAUUAAAGCACUGAGUAAUCAGAAGUACCGUGAACUGAAUGAGAAGUUUGGUGAUGUAGGUCUAAUGACUGGUGACGUCACUUUAAAUCCAGAUAGUACGUGUAUUGUAAUGACAACUGAGAUCUUAAGGAAUAUGAUUUAUCGAGGGACUGAAAUCUUAAGAGAGACCCAUUUUGUGGUCUUUGAUGAAGUACAUUAUAUGCGCGAUCGAGAAAGAGGUGUAGUUUGGGAGGAAAGUAUUAUUUUACUGCCAUCUUCUAUUCGGUUUAUCUUUCUGAGUGCUACUAUUCCUAAUGCUGCUGAGUUUGCGCGUUGGAUAGUGAGUAUUCAUAAGCAGCCUUGUCAUGUUAUUUAUACUGAGAAAAGACCUACUCCCUUGGAGCAUUAUAUUUACAGUAAUCAGCCGGGCCGGAAAGUAAGUGUGCGAUCGGGACAGAGUUUAGUAGGAGUUAGUGAUAAGGUAUUUUUAGUAGUAGAUAAGGAUGGUGUUUUUCAAAAUCACAAUUUUAUGCGGAUUCCUAAAGAUCAAAAUGGAGAUACGCGUAAGAACAAUCGAAGUAAUUACAAUAGACGUCGGGAGAGUAUUAAUGUAGUGGAGAUAAUCAAUAUUUUACAGGCUACUAAGAACUUACCAACUAUUGUCUUCUCUUUCCGUCGUAAGGAGUGUGAGAGUUAUGCCAUUGCGGCUAAAGAGGAGUUUGAUUUCAAUACGUCGGAAGAGAAAGAGUUGAUUGAAACGAUCUUUAGUAAUGCUUUGAAUAGUUUAAGAGAAGAAGAUAGGAAGUUAGAACAAAUUACUGGUUUAAAAUCAAUGUUACAUCGUGGGAUUGGUGUCCAUCAUUCUGGACUUCUACCGAUUGUUAAGGAAAUCAUUGAGAUUCUCUUCCAGGAAAACUUGUUGAAAGUUCUCUUUGCCACUGAGACUUUCUCAAUUGGUUUGAACAUGCCGGCUAAAUCGGUGGUCUUUACGAGUAUUAAGAAGUUUGAUGGAGUAAGUACGCGGUUUGUAACGAGUGGUGAGUAUAUUCAGAUGAGUGGACGUGCUGGUCGACGAGGUACAGAUAAGAUUGGGAAUGUUAUUUUGGCUUUAGAAUCUGGGACUUCAGUGAGUGAACAGGAGAUUAAGAAGGUUUUACAUGGUCCUUCUAAUCCCUUAGAUAGUGCUUUUAGGUUAUCUUAUAAUACUAUACUUAAUAUUCUACGUCUAGAUGGAAUGGAUGAAGAGUAUAUUAUUAAGCACUCUUUCUUGCAGUUUAGACAAGAGAUUGCUGGUAAGACUUUGUUCUUGGAAGUGGUGGCUUUAAGUAAGGGUUUAAGUGAGAUAACUGAGCAAUAUACGGCCAGGUUAGCUAAGUUAGAAGGGAGUAAGGAAAUAAUGAGAUUCUUCCGUUUAAAGCUGGCCUUAAGUAAGGCGGCUAGUUUACUGUUCCCGGAGGGAGUACUGAGUACGCACUUGGCCCCGGGUCGGGUAGUGAUGAUCCGGCGAAACGUCCCGAAAGAGGAGACGUUUGGGAGUUGUAAGGUGAGUUAUCCCGAUUUAAUGGCUGAGAUAAAGGAAGAACCGGCGGUUGUUUUUGUUUUUAAAAACAAUCAGUUACAAGUGAUUGGUGAAAGUGGCCGAAUUGAGGAAGUACUUUUAAGUGCUGUAGUUAAGUUAUCUAAGAAAUCAGUGCCUAUUGAUCGACAUACUUCGGUAGCUAAAGUAGUUAAGACGUACUUUGAUGAGCGCAAGAAAAGGAAGAUGUCAGAGACAUUACCGGACUUGCAAGUAUCACCAAGUGAAUGGUGUACGCCUAAGGACUUUGGUCUACCCGAUGAAAUAGAUAAGAAUUUGCAAGCAAUGAGUGCCCAAUGUGAAGUCUUAAGGCAAGAGUUUAUUAUGAACCGAUCCAAAGCGACUAGAGCCGAGAUAAAGUUACUAGCCCGGGAGUAUGCAUUGAGUGAAACUUUACAAAGAACAGUUCAAGAGUUGAAAGUCCAAGUGCAAAAGACUCGACUGGUUAUGAUUGAUGAGUAUAAUAACAAGCGUAAGAUCUUACAAGCACUUUCCUAUGUGGUAGAUCGGAAUGUUUUAAUCAAAGGUAAAGUAGCGAGUGAGAUAAGUAGUGGAGAUGAGUUACUUUUAACUGAAAUGUUAUUUAACAAUGAGUUUAGUAAGUUAUCAGCCGGUCGGAUUUGUUCUUUACUGAGCUGUGUUGUCUUUGAUGAGAAAUCGGAUGAUUUUACUCUAUCUACUGAAAGUCAAGCGGCCUAUACUAUCUUAAAAACAACAGUUGAUCGUUUAGUAGGUGAAUUCCAAAGAAUUGAUCCACAAUUCGUGGCUAAGGAGUACAUUGAGAAGUUUUGUCCUAAACUGAUGGAUGUAGUCUAUCGCUGGACAGAAGGGUACAGUUUUGCGGAAAUCUGUAGCACAACUGAUGUCUUUGAAGGCAGUGUGAUUAGGUGCUUCCGCCGCUUGGAAGAAGUACUUAAGGAAAUGUGUCGGGCUUCCAAACUCAUUGGCAAUGUCGAAAUGGAGAACAAGUUCUCAGCUGCUAUUUCUCUAGUUAAAAGAGAUAUUGUUUUCGCCAACUCUCUUUAUCUCUAA